CAAAAUGCAUUUUUAUCUUACGCAAGGCAGUAUACCAUAUUUUAUACCGUGGCUCUGAUCCGAAAUCAGGGCAUUUUUGUUCGAACAAAUACCUAUAAUAACGAUGAAGAAGUGCGUGAUCCGCGGAGCAAACGACCUACGUCGGGUCGGGACUGAUAUGCGUGUGACUGUGCACAAGUUCCCGCUAAAAAAGAAGUACAGAGAAAAGUGGAUGAGGGUGUGUGGCAUGACCAAUGAGCCAAGACCACAUGACCACUUAAACUUAACAAGAAGUGCACACCAUGAUAAGCACAGUCAAAAACGUUUGCGUCUAAAGAACAGUGCUGUGCCGGAUCAGAAUAUUCCGUAUACGCCUUGGGUUGCUGUCGCUGCUCGGUCACCCACAGAUGAAAGUGAUCAAGAAAUGGACAUCACUCAGGUGUGGGAUCACUCGUGGAAGUUCACGGCGGAUACGGAGCCGUGCAUGCAGCUCUGGUUCGAUCCUGCUCAGGGAAGCCCCAAUGACGCCGUGGCGCGCAUCUGGGCUGAGCGGGUGGUGGCGGCCGGUGCGCGGGCGCUGCCGCGUGGCUGGUGGCCGCGGCCCUGGCGGCAGCGGCCCGCUCCUGACCCGGUCGCCCUGUGCCGAGCACAGAGCGCCGACUGAGGUCAGUCUUGUGAUCGAGCUUCCGCGCCGGAGGUGGAACAGGUGGAGCUGGCGGUCACCUGCGCGGGCUCGGCGGCCUGUAAGCCGUGCCGAGACGAACCGCGACACUCUUGCUAGAUCUGCACCCCAUUGUAAUCUUCUGUAGUCGAUAUUCGGUAGGUACUCAAUGCUCAUUUUUCUGAUAUUAGACGAGUGGCGGGUUUUGAUGUUACAUUGGAGACUGCUGUCUCGGGUGGCCCGACAGUGUUCGAUUGUGGUGUAAUGUAGAUACAUAGACGGGAUGCCGCGGCUCGGAUUCGUAGCUGGACUACCAUGUGCCUGUCGAUUGAGAUGCUUUGCCUGGCGAUUGAGAUGAUUCGGGGCGCGGCCCCACACUGACGCCAUGGUGC